AAUGGGAUUCAUACUGUUUUAUGGUAUCAGAGCUACGAAUUAGGGCAUCAAAUUGAUUAGCUUCUCCUAGGUUUUCCGCCAUCUAGGUUUCCUCUUUUCUUCUCUAGUUUCUUUGUGUCUUGUAUUCAUGGCGUCUUCUUCAGCCCUUACCACCACCACUACUCCAAUGAUCUCUUCUGAAUCAACACUUCCCAUUAUCCCUGUCCUUAAUCCUGUCAUACCAAAUACAAAUUCCUCAAUUUUUACUCAUCCUGUGUUCUCAGUCUCAAAUAUUAAACAUCUUGUCCCUGAAACAUUGACCCAUCAAAACUUUAUGCUUUGGAAAGAACUCAUGAUUCCUGUUCUUCGCAGCAAAGGAGUUUAUGGACAUGUUGACGGAUCCGAUUCGUGCCCAUCACCUAUGGAUUCCACUUUUGAGCAAUGGCACCAGAUAGAUUGUCAAGUCCUCUCCUGGAUUCAAUCUACUAUUGCUUCUGAGGUUCUUCAAAUGAUUAUUCAACCAGGAAGAUCACUUACUGCAAAGCAAGCAUGGGAUGCGAUUCAAGAAUCUCACCAAGACCAACUUGUUGCUCAGUCCAUGUUAUAUCGUCAGGAGUUCAUGGCGUUAAAAAAAGAACCAGAACAAUCUAUGAUCUCAUAUCUUCAACGUGCCAAGACUGCUUCCGAUCGACUAUUUGGAAUUGGUGAAUCUGUUUCUGAUCGAGAUCUGGUUUUGCAUACUUUGGCUGGACUUGAUUCUACUUAUACUGUUUCUAAACGCACUAUACCGCAAAGGGUGCCCUUUCCUUCUUUUAAUCAACUUCGUUCCCUGUUGUUGAUUGAGGAAGCUACUGUGUUGCGUGAAUCUGGACAAGCCAUGGCUGCGGCUCCCUUUUCAUCUCCACAAGUCUUGUUGUCUUCUACCUCAUCACACCAACAAAGAGAUUUUAAUUACUCUCCUCGACCUCCAAACAGAAACAAUAAUCGUGGUCGGAAUAAUUCUUGGGGUAGAGGCGGAGGUCGGUAUUCUGGUGCAAGAUUUAAUGGACAACAACAAAGGUAUUUUGGUGGAGGACGGUUUCACAACCAACAAAAUUAUCCUUGGCCAGAUUAUUCAUCACCUCGACCACUCACCUCUCAUGGCUAUCGAUCUUCAAGUUCUGGUCCUACUACAAGAUUUUCAUGGGAUAAUACUACUCUCCCUCCUUUACUGCCUACACCUGUGAUCUGUCAAUGGUGUCUUCAACCAAACCAUCAAGCUCGUGAUUGUCCAUCUAUACCUCGUACUUCACAGCAGCUUUCUUAUCCUCAAACCUUCAUAGCUGAUAAUGCUUCCACUGCCAGUGGUGAUUCUAGCUGUUAUUUUGACUCUGGUGCUGCAGUUCAUGUCUUAAAAAAUUCAGGUCAUUUAUCUUCUUCUAUUCCUUAUACUAGUUGUGAGUCUAUUCAAGUUGGUAAUGGUCAGCUUUUACCUGUUUCUCAUAUUGGUCAUAGUAUGCUCUUGUCUAAGGAUCAUUCAUUUCAACUUAAUAAUGUCUUGGUUUUUCCAAACAUCUCUAAAAAUUUAAUUUCUGUUCGUCAAUUUACAAAGGAUAAUAAUUGUAGUGUUGAUUUUGAUCUUUCUGGAUUUUCUGUUAAGGACUUACAGACGAAGAGUGUCCUCCUUCGUUGCAAUAGUUCGGGUGGUCUAUAUUCCUUUUCUGGCAAUUCUGAACAGUCUCCAGCAGCUUAUCAUGUGUCUAUUUCUCCUCAAGUUUGGCAUUGUCGUCUUGGUCAUCCGAGUUCAUCCUCAUUCAAUCAUUUAGUUCGUCGUGGUUUUCUUCCUACAACUAAAACAGUUGGUAGUUCUAGUUUAUGUCAUGUUUGUCAAUUAGCACACCACCAUUCCACUCCAGCAUGUCCGUCACCUGCUGCAUGUCCGCCACUUGUUCCAGUUUCCUCACAACUUGCUGCAUGUCUGCCACCUGUUUCACUGCCUCCAUCGCCGAGUGCUCAACAAUCUUCUGUCCUGCCGAAUGCUCAACAAUCUUCUGUCAUGCCUGCAAUUGAUACAUCUGAUCCUUGUUCUAGUCAGCAUCCUCCUACAGCAGUUAGCACACAUCCUAUGGUAACGAGGUCUCAAGAUAGAACUCGUAAGGUGCGUCAUUUGCCCUCUUUGGUUUCUACUACACUUUCGUUAAUUGAGCCGAAAACUUUUGCUCAGGCGGUUCGUCAACCAGAGUGGUGUACCACAAUGGCAGAGGAGUAUAAUGCUCUUUUGAGCAAUAAUACAUGGGAUUUAGUUCCUUCUCCUCCUACUGUUAAUAUUGGAUAUACUCAACAACCUGGUGUCGAUUAUGAUGACACCUUUAGUCCUGUGGUUAAACCAGUGACCAUUCGGACAGUCUUGACUCUUGCUAUUUCAUCAUCUUGGCCGAUUCAUCAGUUAGAUGUUAAAAAUGCUUUUUUGAAUGGUGAACUAGAGCAACCAGUAUACAUGUCUCAACCUCUAGGGUUUGUUGACAAACAUCAUCUUGAUUAUGUCUGCCGGCCGAAGAAAGCUCUUUAUGGUCUGAAACAAGCUCCUCGGGCAUGGUUUCAUCGGUUUGCUUCUUUCUUGAAAUCUUGUGGUUUUAUUCAAGCUCAAACUGACUCUUCUAUGUUCUUGUAUAGAAACCGUGGGUCCAUGGCAGUGCUAUUACUGUAUGUUGAUGAUAUCAUUUUGACUGCAUCUAUUUCCUCAUUAUUAUCUUCAGUGCUUUCUCUUUUAAAGAAGGAGUUUUUAAUGAUAGAUUUGGGACCGUUGAAUUAUUUCUUGGGUGUUUCUGCUACUCAUAAUUCAGAUGGUAUCUUUUUAGAGCAAUCCAAAUAUGUUCUUGAUUUACUAGAUCGUACUGGUAUGUCUGAUUGCAAGUCGGUAGCCACUCCUCUUGAUUCCAGGAAGAAAUUAGUUCUUAAUGAUGGUCCACGCCAUUCUGAUCCUUCUGGGUAUCGAAGUAUUGUUGGUGCAUUGCAAUACCUUACUUUCACUCAUCCUGAUAUUGCUUUCUCAAUACAGCAAGUCUCUCAAUAUAUGCAUUCUCCUACUGUUUAUCAUUUUCAGGCUGUGAAACGUAUUCUUCGGUAUUUGAAAGGCACUUUACAUUAUGGUCUUCAGCUUCGCCGAAUCAAGACAAUUUCUCUUCAUCUUUUUACUAAUGCUGAUUAGGCAGGAUGCCUUGAUACUUGUCGAUCCACAUCUGGGUUUUGUCUAUUUCUCGGUAAUUCUUUGAUCUCUUGGUCCUCUAAAAAGCAAUCCACAAUGUCCCGCUCUAGUGCUGAGGCAGAAUAUCGUGCCAUUGCUAAUGCUGU